AUGACUGGCAGGAACGGACCAGCGAUGAAACGCUCCUUCUCGCAUCCUACCCAAUAUCACCCCGCUCCACUUACCCAAGACCUCCCCUUCCUCAACAUCGACCCAUCGGCACCAAACUCGAAUGCCUACCCUUUCCCACGAACGCUUUCCCGUCAAUCCUCGGCCACUUCCCUCUUCCCUUCUUCGAGGCCGACGACUGGGCUUCCGGGUCGUCCACCUACUCGUCAAAUGGCGGGAAUGACUUUGGAUCGAUCGAGGAGGGAUUCGAUGGCGAGUACGAUUCGACCGACAUAUCAUCGUGCGAGAACGACGUCGUCCAUCCACAUGUCGAAGAAAGCGUCCUUUGCGUCCCUUGUCGAUCACCUCCCAUCGCCAACGACGGGUCUGAUCUUGACGCCGGAGACAUGGCCGACGUUCAAGAAGGACCUCAAGGCUUCCCUCAAAGCAGCGGGCAUGUACAAGAUGCUCAACGGUGAAGUCCCUGCCCCGAUUCGACGAAGGGACCAACGUGAUGACGCAGCGUACGACGAAGCGAUGGAGGAUUAUCUGGCCAAGAGGAGCGAGGCGAGGUUGUUCCUCAAUGCGAGUUUGGGGCCCGAAUCUUUCGAGAGCAUCCAAGAUCGCCCGGUGGAGGAUAUGUGGAAGAGCUUGGUGAGGCUAUACGAGGGACCUUGA